UUUAUUCAUUACAGUUUUUGGACAAUAAAUCUCACAUGCAGGACUUCGAGAUAACAUAUUACAUACAAUACAUACAUAUUAUUGAAGAACACCAUAGUUCAAGGCAUUGGCAACAGAUUGAGAUAGAUUGAACCUCUGUGGUUAUGCUCCUAUUGUUUUAGGCUUAUAACUGUAGAUUUAAACUAAUGUUUUCACUGCGGAGUCUUUAGUAUGUAGGAACUUUCUGCAGGGUUAUUGUCCAGUAUCAUAUCAGCUGAAACAACGUCCCUGUAGAUCAUAGCUAGAAAACAGAACGAUAGUUAUAAAUAGACUUACAGUAAUAUGAUUAGCUCACCAUAGAGUAAAUCACAGACACUGUACAUCCCGAUGGGAUUCACACCUUCAGGAAUAUACACUGUGUUUUUCCCCCCUGGGCGGUUACAGCGUUUCCAUUCAGCUCCUCGUUCCUAUAAUGACUUCCGAAAGGCACGAGCUUACGUUACAGUAACGUGCUCGCAUCGUGACAGGAGCUCAUACUGUAUGUUGGCGGUGCACUGUACUCUGCCGCCGCCGCCGCCGCCGCCUCUCGCCUUUCUCUCGCAGCCACACCCUCCCAUCUCCAUCUCGCACGCGUGCAGCUGUGCGGGGCUGACGGUCGGUGCGUGCGUCUCCCUGUCGGGCACCCGCAGCAUCAGCAACACAAAAGGGUCGGAGCAGCCGGAGCUUGGUUUUACCUCAGCACUGAACGGGAGCAGGAUUCGCGUUAAAACAAAAAGAGCGAAGACGACAGGGCAAAUUCCAGCCCUUUAGACGACUGUUUGGGAAGAAGAAGAAGCGGGAGGCUAAGGGGGGCUUUGAUGGAGCAGAGCUAAAGGCGAGUUUUUCUUCGGGGGAAGUGUGCAAUGGAGUUGUAUCUGAUGAUGAGGAAUCCAAUCAAAAUCUGAGGGAGUUGAAUCCCAUUGGAUCUCGAGCUCUCUCACACGACAGCAUCUUUAUCCCAGAGGAGCCGGCGACAGAGCCCAGUCUGGAUCACAGCAUGUCCCAGGAAAACGUAUCGGAUAAAGUUCGGAAUCUGCAGAGGCAGAUAGCACAAGGUAUAAAGUUUGGCCAGAGACCACCUUCACUGAGGAAGAGUGAGGGAGAUGAGGGAAGUUCAGAUGAGGAAGAGGUUCCUAGGAGCCCUCUAAGGGUGUUGGCCCAGGUUGAAGCCGAACCACCAAAAACAGAGCCAAAGCAGAUCCAAGGGGCCCACACACACAGCACACCAGUGAAAUCCCCGAGAUCCAAACGAGUUCUUCCACCCACUGGUACGAUUGAGUCCAUCAACCUGGAUGCCGUCCCACAGUCUGUUCCUCGCUUGGAUAACACCGCUGCCAAGCAUAAACUGUCCGUCAAACCAAAAAACCAGAGAGUUUCCCGCAAGCACCGACGGUUCACACAGGACCUCCAAGAGGUAUCCAUCCCUGGUGUGGUGCAAGAGGACCUUGAGGCAGCAGGGGUCUCCAGUGCUGACCAGCGCAGGGCAUCUGUUGAGUCUCUAGAAAGCUUCAAGAAACAGAGGCUCCAUGAGGAGGAAAGACAGGAGACAAGGAGGAGGAGAGAGCUGGAAGAGCAGAGGCUCAGGCAGGAGGAAGAAGAGAGGAGGAAGAGGGCAGAGGAGAUUAGGCUGCGUGAACUAGAGGAGGAAAAGGAGAGGUGUCGUAAACAGCAGGAGGAGGAAGAGAGAAGGCUCCGAGAGGAAGCAGAGAGAAGGAGGAGGGAGGAGGAGGAGAGGCAGAUUAGAGAAGAGGAAGAAAGGAGGCGGCGAGAGGAGGAAGAGAGGAUGCGGAGGGAGGAAGAGGAAAGGAGGAUGCGAGCGGAGGAAGAGCGCCGACAGCGGGAGGAGGAGGAGGAGGAGAGGAGACGACUGGAGGAGCAGAGGAGGAAAGAGGCAGAGGAAAGGAAGCGGCAAGAGGAGGAGGAAAAGAGGAAGCGAGAAGAGGAGGAAGAGGCAAGAAGGCAGCAGGAGCUUGAGGCUGAGAGGAAGAGGAAGCUGAGGGAGGAAGAGGAGCAAAGAAAGAAGGAGGAGGAAGCGGAGAGGUUGAGGUUGCAGGAGAUGGAGGAAAAGAAAAAAAUGGAAGCAGACGAGCAGAGGAAGGCUGAGGAGCUGCGCUGGAAGGAGAUGGAGGAGAGACAGAGGCCUUUCUCUUUUAAGGUUUCCUCUGGAGAAAAGCAGAUUUUGUUCCAGAAGGUCAACCUCACGCCUGUUACACCGGCCUCCAGCCACCAGAGUGGUGCUACAGCUGAAAGAGAGGGAGCUAAGGCUUCUUCCUCUGAAGGACCAGAUUCUCCAAACCUGCCAGCAUCUCCAUAUGUCCCCCAUACAGCCAUCCUAGUGACAGGCGCCCAGCUUUGUGGGACAGCCGUCAAUUUAGACCAGAUCAAAGACACCGCCUGUAAGUCUCUGCUGGGUCUGGGAGAGGAUAGAAAGGCCCAGGGAACACCACCGGCCAAGAGCAAGACUUCACCGGACCGCAAGUCUGGCAAAACCAAAUCACUCAAUGAGUCAGCGCUCUCUACAGACCAGUCCAGUGCAGCCGUCCUGGCAGAGUGGGCGAGUAUCAGAUCAAAGAUAUUCAAGGGGGUAGAAGAGGGGAAGUAUGACGAGAACCCGGAGGCGAUGAAGAACCAGCCUCAACCCAGCAGUGAAGACCAACCUGCGUUCUCCCACACAAACCUCAGAAAGACCAUGUCUGCCAGCGCCAAGUUCUCCAUCACCCCUGCAAAGAAGAAGUUUGGAGAUUCAAACAGGAACUCUGAGGUAUUUGGUGUGGACGACAAGGAAGCGGGAGAGGAAGCUACUCGAUCUGACAGCCCCACUGUUGCCUCACCAGCCCCAACCAGUAAACCUCAAAACAGGACAAGUAAAACUGUUCGCAUCGUAGAAAGAGGGUCAGAGGAAUGUAUGUUUGCAAAAGACCUCCCCUCUUUCUUGGUACCAAGCCCCGGAGCCAAACCUGAUGGGGCAGAGCUGAAGAGCAGGGCUCAGAGUGAGCCGGGGGCAUCUGAAAGUAGAGAUGAGGGGGAGGAGCGGGGCCAGGACAGUGAGGAGAAGCCUUCACCCUUUGGCAUAAAACUGAGGAGAACCAACUACUCCCUGCGUUUUCACAGUGAACAGUCCACUGAGAAAAGGAAGAAACGCUACAGUGCUGGGGACAGCUUUGAUGGCGUUCCGUCACCUCUCACCCCCAUUGAGCCAGACUCUGAUGCUUCCUCUGUCUUUUCUGACAAAUCAAGUCCUGCAUCUCCCCAGAGAGAAGGCGCGGUCUGCAAGUACUUACACGCAGCUGCCUCCCCUGCUGUCCCUCGGGCUAAACCAGGAAAGUCUACCAGCCCAACCCCGCACAGCGAAGGUGAGAAAGUGCUUUCAAAGCCACCACUCUACCGAAGACCAACCACGUCACCCAAACCUACUGGAGCAGUCCCAACACCUCCCCCAUCACCACUACCUAAAGUGGUCCACGGGCCUCCCAGUGAUGCCACGAUCCAGAGAACAAGGGGCGCAGAUUCAUCUAGCCAGGAGCAGACGAGCAGGAGCGAGGAACCUUCUGCUGUGGCCCACUUGCACCGGAGCAGCCAAGGCCAGGUCCAAGGGGAAGAGGAGCCGAAGGAGAAGAGAUCAUUCUUCCCCUCUAUCAACAUUCCCUGGAGAGAGAAGGUGGACAGAAAGACGGAGCUCAUCAGGAGAGAAAAACCAUCCCUACAGAGCAGGCACUCACUGGACAGUGCAAGGGUCCAGGAGAAGGAGGCUGGGCCCUUGUGGAUCACGUUGGCUCUGCAGAAGCAGAAGGGCUUCAGGGAGCAGCAGCAGAACCGAGAGGAGCGUCGUAGCCAAAGAGAGGCCAAACUGGCUGAGAAACAAGCUAGAGAGAGAGACAGUGCUACGAUGUUGAGCCCCACAGAGAGCAAAGGCAGUGGGAGCACUAGUCCUUCCUCUAAACCUCAGACACCAGAGGAGCCCAAGAGACCAGACAGCCUCCUGGGACGGUUUGAGCGCAGAGAACACCUGAAAAAAGCCAACACUUUACCCAGCUCUGUCACUGUUGAGAUCGCAGACUCUACACCAUCGCCACCUGCUGUCAAGGACGUGUCAAAACGCUUCCCCUCCAGUGACUCUCCACAGGUGUCCACAGAGCCGGCCUGGCUGGCACUGGCGAAGCGAAAGGCCAAAGCCUGGAGCGACUGUCCUCAAAUCAUCAAAUAACACCCUGUCCCAGCCUCACACUUGGCUCUGGCCUGCAUCGAGGCUGCACACUGCCCACGGACUCUGAAGCACCUCGAGAGUCAGCACCCCCCCCCCCAAAAAAAACUCCAGAUCCCAUCUCUCACCAUGAAAACCUUCCUGACUGUGAAACAAGUAAAGCCCUCCAUCACCUCGUAACCACACACACUGGCUGGUACUAUUAUCAUGUUAAAGUGCGCUUCACAUUCAAAUAAUCCAAUACAAUUGCACAGAUAUAUGUAAACAAUUGUUACAAGCAUGCACAUACUGUAUACAAACACAGAGUAUAUGCCCCUCAGCAGCCAAUCACAACCAUGGCUGGCCAUUGCAAUAGCCAACCCCAAUUUUCUUUUUUCAUUUUGUAGGCAACUGUGUCACCAUGGUUGUAAGUAAAUCACUUGCUCAACACAAUAUAACACUUAACACUCCUAUACUAGAGAGGUGAAGCUCUGACAUAUGACAGUGUUUAAUCAACAGAGGGUAACUGUCUGAAUCGUGUUUUAAGGGCUACCAGAAAUAACAAUAACUUGACAUGACCCCAUUGAAUCUGCUUUUAGACAGCUAAUGGAAGUGUUACAGGCACUUGUUGGGAAUAUUCAUGUAAAGCAGCGGAUAUAUCUAUGUUGAAAUGAUACUGUAUCUCUUCUCUGAGCCUUGUUUGUCAUGUACAAAGGAAGCCUUUUGUUCUUUUUUUUAACUCAUACUGGGAACCUUAGCGUAACAAUUUUCACUGUGUCCGUGAUAACUGUGAUAGCUGUCAAAGAAGCUAUUGUACAAUUUUUGCCAUUAUAAAGUUAACAGAAUCUGUCAUAAUCACACGGUGGGUGCACCUAAACACAGCACUGAAGACCACAAGUGUUACUGGGCAUUUACAGUGAGCUGCACAUUAUCCUCACAGGCUGUGUGAUGAUGAAAUUUGGAUUUGUUUGCUUUGCUAAUGGAGACAGACAGAACACCUGCUUGCUGUAACAUACAAUUCUUGUAGCUGUCCCUCCUGUAACACACUUGUGUUUGUAGGCUUACGCCAUCACUUCCUCGUAAAUGUGAUAUGAUCUUACAUGAUGUAUGAAAAAAAAGCCCCUCAAGCAUUCUCAUUUCCUGCCACUCACUUAAUGAUCUGUAUGUAUGUAAGUAUGUACUGUAUGUAAGUCAGAGGCAUUACCAGAGCUUCGGUCAGAGAAAGGCCCCUGGGGCAGAGUCACUUUGUCAUUUUGUUUCUAACUUUGGUCGUGCACAAUAGUGUAGUGUACGCAGUGUUAUAUGUAACAAAAAAAAUGUUUGGUAUUAUUUGCACUUUUUUGUCCCACUUAGAGAUAUUCAUGAGAAAAUUCUUAAAGAGACACAAAAUGUUAUGAAUAAUGUAAAUUAAAUACUGAUGUCUGAA